AUAUGAGGGACAUUCGCAGCAAAUACGUGUGUGAAAAUGAUGUCAUGCAUUUGAGCUGUACAUCGCCUAAAGUACUCAAGAUUCACGGAGCAGACUAUGGUGGGUCAGAGGUUUCCGUCUGUGGCGAGGGAAAAGUAUCGAACGUAUCAUGCAAAGUUAUAGACAGAACAGACAAAAUAAAGUUCGCAUGUGAUAAUAAAUCAAGUUGCUCCCUUGUAGCAAUGACCCACAUUUUUGGUGAUCCUUGCCCAAGCUCAAGCAGGUACCUUAAUGUCAUCUAUGCCUGUGGUAAGUUCAUAUUCGUAAUUGCAGUCUGUGCUGUUUUGAAUUUUGAAAGAAUGCUUUCCUGGAGUAAUGUCAAAGGAAGUAAUUUGUGUUCAAUUUUGUCUGUUCUGAGGCAACUUCCCACUCUUUAAAACCUUUUUUAGCGAUUGUUUUAAGCCACUGACAGUAAGUGAAUAGCUGUAAAACAUAUUAUGAAUAAUUAUGAAUAAUCUUUCACGAAACCUUUAUUGCCAAUAGGCCAUUUCCGAGUUAUUUGCAUGAUGAAAAGCUUUGUAACCUUAGCUUUGAAACUAAGGCUUGGGCAACUCGGAAAUGGCCUGUUAGGGUUUGUUUACUGUGUUAUUGAUACAAUGAAUAGAAUCGUCUAAUGUAAUAUCGAGCGUCAAUCAAAAGCAAUUAGACGUGCUUCAAAUUUAGGUGAACUGCUUAAAUAAUGCUCCAUUAUAACCUGCUAAUUAGUAAUGCUAAUAGGACUGAGUGGAGUCCCUUUCGGUUUGUAAUCAUACGAGUGAUUAACAAAAUCGGACGACCACGUAGUAGGAGUCCGAUUUGUUUAAUCACAAUUAUGAUGGCAGACCGAAUUGGACGACACGAAGUUCUGUUACUAAUUAAUCAUAACUUCAACAAAAUUUGUGAUAUAUUAGGCUCUUUUUUUAAAAUCAAAACACAAGAAAUUCCGAGAUUUUUAUUGCUAGCAGGGAAAAAAAAGCCAUUUAAGCGUGCUCGUGAUAGCGCUUACUGUCCGCGUACUGUCCUAUUUAACUGUCCUAUUAAGUCUGAAAUCAGGGCAGUUGAUAGCCAAUCAGAUUUAAGAAUUUUGUCAUAGUUAUGAUUAAUUUUGUAAUCUUUCAUUGGAUAUAAGAGCGACCACCGGUUACCAAAGCGCACGUUGAGUUAAAACGGAUAUCCUGGAAAACCUCAGAAAUUCAGACAGGAGAGAGGGGACAGAAAGGACACAAACUCUAUGUUAUUUUUUUAAAAGAUGUAGAAGAAAUUAAAUUAUAUUUAUGUGAUGCUUUGUCUUUCACUUUUUUGAUUUAGUGGAGCCACCCGAUGCUGCAACGACUCCUCAGUCUUCAAUUGCAACUACUAAAGGAUUGAAUGCAUCAGCAAUGAACCUCACAACCUCCACAAAUACGACGCAGCCAUCAUCAACAGAACCUUCAGAAAAGAACAUACAUGCACAUGUACUAACCACCGGACCAGACAAGAAAACUGCCAAGACCCAAAAAUUCGUGCCAGUGUUUGAUCCAUCCAACAACUUCGAUCUAGAACCCAUUUUUGACUCAGCUCAGGGCAUUAAAUGUAGCACCGGGGGAAUUUUCUCCUUGGUUUUGAUGACCUCUGCAAUUUCAUUUUUGAGGUUAUAG